CUCCAUGCCCAGGGUGGGCUGUGGUCUUGAUCGUCUGAAGUAUGAAGAUGUGCUGCCGUUGAUCCAUGCUGCCUUCUAUGACUGCAGUGUAAAGGUCAACAUUGUGACUCCACCUCCAACUUUCAACGGAAUGGCAGUGCUUGGUGACAGUCAGGGACUUCGCCUUCUUCUCAACCGAGGGAAACUUCCUGCUUGCUUCAAGACAAAACCAUUCCCACGGUCUGCUGGUUUCAGUGUGUCUGGACUUACAGUGCCUGAACUUCUCAAAACUGUGGAAGUGCUCCCAGACAACACUCUUGGUGAUGCCCUUGUCUACAUUGGCACCAAUGACCUUCUUGCUUUGGCAGCGAUGGAGUCUGGACAACGAGCAGCUAUGUUGAAAAUGAGGCAGCUUCUAUGCAUUCUGAGGACAGUGUUGUCCAAGAAGUGCAAGGCAUAUGCCCGGGCUGUUGUCACCACUGUUCCUCCUCUCCCAAAGUUGCUUGCACAAAACGGAGGGAAUGAGGGACUGAACCGCCACCUGUGGACCUCCUUCAACAAAGCUCUGCUGCAGCUCAGCGCACCCAGAUUCUUCGUGCUUGAUGUGGAGCAGUUCUUCAUGAAGGAUGGGCUGGUGCAGGAGGAUCUAUUUGAAAGUUUUAUUGGCCAUGAUGCCAAGAGGCGUCCGGAUAGGAUGCACAUGAAUCCUCAAGGGAUAAAUGUCAUUGAAGAAGCUUUUGAAGACUGUUCCACCAUUUCAACCCGCUACCAGUAACAACUAGUAAUAUUUUGUAAUAGCUUGUAAAAUUUUCUCUGUUGAUGAGAAAGCAUAUUCAGCUAUUUUUUUCCUUUAUUCAACUAAAUCACUGUUUUCAGUUUUUCUGAAUUUGCAAUCCUUUGUUGGUUUCUACUGUGAUAAUAAUAAGUAUGCAUCAGGUGAGCUAGCCAAAGUAUUAUCACCAUUUAUUAUCAAGAACGGAAUUGCUCACACCUCAGUAUUUCUCGCUUGUAGUCAUGAAAUAUACUGACUCAAGUUGCUGUGAUUUCCACCUCUAAUAAUAGCAAUUGGAACUAGUCUGUGAUUUUACAAGUAUAUUUCAAUAUAAGUUGUGUAUAUAACAGUGUUGUGAAUUAACUGAUUUUACUUUUUGAUGGUUUCUACUGUGAUAAUAAGAAAGCAUCAAGUGAGCUUUGUGACCAUUUAAUAUUAAGAACGCAAUUGCUCGCACCUCAGUAUUUCUCACUUGUGCAUGUAAUGAUAAAAUAUAUAUAGUCAAGUUGCUGUGAUUUCCACCUCUAAUAAAAGCAAUUGUAACUAGUUUGUGAUUUGACAAUUUUAGUUCAAUAUAAGUUGUGUUUAUAAAAGUGUUGU